UAAAGCAGGUGCACGGGAACACAUGUAAUUCGGAGAUUUCCAUGCCUGUAUCAUAUUUUCCGUAAUUAUUACUGAGAAGAGAAAACAAAAUGGAAUCGGACGUGAGAGAUUUAGAUACGGCGCCCAAAGCAAGUAUCGACACAGUUGGUCUGAAUAACCAGGUGGUGUUUAUGAGGAAAACUGUGAAGAAGGCUCGCAUCCAGGUCAUCAAUAAGUUAACAAGACAGAUACGGAAAUUGAAACCAAAAGGAGAAAGUGGGCUACCAGGCAGAGAGAAAAGUGCAAGGAGACUUGAGAGAUUGAAGGCAGAGAUGGAAGUGAUUAAGGGUUUGAAUGCAGAUAAGGUUUCCAAGUAUGCAUUAGCUUCAACAACUAGUUUUGCCGAUGUUUGUAAACAGCAAAAUGCAUCUGAAGUUGGCAGAGCCAUGGCAAGACUUGCAGAUAAUGCUGUUUUACAGAAGGCGGUCAAGGAGUUCCGCAGCAAACAUGCAGACUGGCCAUCAUUGGCUGCUUAUCUCUUAGCAAAAACAACUAAUAGAAAAUUCAAGAAGAAAAAGAAAAAGGUUAAACAAAAGAAUCAAGGGAAAAAACAGGAAGUUAAAAGGAAAGUUGAUGCAUUUACGCUGGAACUACGUUUAAAAAGCAAAGAAAAACUUGAAAAAGACAAAACUGAACAAAAACAAAAAAUGAGCAAUGCAGGGAAUACAGCAACUCAUUCUUCAACACUGGCACAAUCAGAAAAGAAAGUAAUUUCCCCCAAGGAGUCCAUAUUUUCUAAACAGGAUAUCCCUGGUUGGGAUCAUUCUUCUGAAUCUGAUGGCAAUGAUUUGUCAGAUUCGGAUAAAGAUAAUAUGGUUGAAUCUGGCAGUGAUGCCUCUGGUGAAGAUGAUGAAGAAUCCACCAAACCUUCAAUAUUAUCCUCCAUGUCAACUACAAAGUCAGUUGUAACAUCUGACAUGUCUAAAGAAUGCACCAAGACAACCGUUUCAUCUUCUGAACCCAUUGCAAGACCUCCUAAAACCUCUGUCAUUGUGGAAAAAGAAACAGAAGAAAUGGUAGUAAAGAAAUUAGAUUUACGUCAGCUUCCAGACACUGGUGAAGUUCUGACAAAAAGUGGUGCUUCGAAGAUGGCUUCAAAUUUAAAAGUGAACGUAUUUGGAGAUACAGGUGCUUCUAAGACGGGACACAAUAAAGAUCCAUUUUUCCAGUGCAGUGAUGACUCUGGAGAAGAAGAGAGGGAAGAGGAAGAUGAUGAUGAUGGUGAUGGUGGUGAAAACGUCACUGAGUCAACAUCCUCAAGACCCGUUCCUCCUAAGAGAAGAUUUGAGUCCACGUUUGUGGGUGCACUGAAUAAACCAAGAAAAUUGCCCGAUGCUAAAUCAAAACCAAAGUUUGAGAGAGACAACAGGAGGGGCAACCCCAGACAACCUUCAAGGCCUGAGGCAAAGAAAAUGGCUGGUGCAAGGAAGUCCAACUCCUCUAGACCACAACAGAAGCUGUCACCUGGGAAACCAUGGACCAAAACAACAGAGGGCAGUGCUGUAAAUAAAGAGCAGAUGACCUCCCUCCAUCCUUCUUGGGAGGCCAGCAAAAAACGUAAACAGCAACAGAGUGCCGUCCAUGCCUUUCAGGGAAAAAGGAUCAAAUUUGAGGACUCGGAUGACAACUAGUGCAACAGCAUUGGGGUGCGGUCCAUGCUUUUCAGGGAAAAAUGAUCAACAUUGUAGGAUUCUGAUGACCAUUGAAACAAUUUAAAUAAAUAUAAAUGUAAAUUAUUACCUGCCGAUGAUUGAAAAAACUCUCAAGGUUUGAGUUUUAAAGACAUUAAUUAUAUAUUAAAAGGAAUUCAUCUCACAUUAGAAUAAAAUUCAUGUUCAGCAAUUUAUACCCUAUUUAAAACUGCCAAGAAAAUUACUGAAUAAGUGUGUUUUUGAGAUACAAGCCUUUAAAUUUUUACAUUAUUACAAGAGAAAUUUGCCAGUUCCCAUCUUCAUAACACAUUUCCAUAAUUUUUUUCUAAGAAGACUUAACACUCCUUUAUCUUUAAGAUGUGUUUUAGAAGGCACUACUUGAAUAUUAUCAAUACGGACAUUGAUAUAUUUAAAUGUUUAAUACACGAAAUUAUUAUUCAUUUCGAGUGAUUGUUCGGUGAAGGAAAAAGUUGACUCUGCCUCAAGAAAUAAAGUAUUUCAUUAUAAAUGUGUGGGUUUAUUAUUAAAAUCAUAGCAUUUUGGUUUACAUGGGUUAAAAUGUUUUACAGUGUUCACAAAACUGCAAUAGACAAAACAACAUUUUUAUCAAUUCAAUAAUUUAAAACCAAAUGCCAAACUUGAAUCCAAUUCUAAUUUUCUAUAAUCAAGGAAAUGUUAAAUAUUUAUAACAAAUUUUCUGAUUAAACAAAUACAACAAACUACUCACAUCUAACUGAAAAAAAUGUUAGGUAGGAACACAUUCCAAACUGCCAUAAGUAUUCGUAAAUAUAUGUUAACUAUUAAUGACUUUUUACAAAUAAAAUGGUAUAACCAUUAAACUAAAUUGACUUUUCCAUGAAGACAAUGCUUUCAUAUUGCUUUGUCCACUAAAACAGUUAUUAACAAUAAGUUAACAAUGUUAUAAAUAUACUUACAUAAGUUAAUAGUAAAAUCAAAUAUGUUGAAAGUAUUCAUACUUACUGCUUUUGAAUUAGAACAGUUUCUGUUUCCAUCAUUUCACUAGUUUGUCUGCUUUAUAUACACUUUUUUUUUUUUU